ACAGGAAAGAAGAAGAUGCCGUCAAUUGUUAGCUGCAGUUCGAUAUUCCCAAACCAAACUACUCCACGGUUGUGUGUUUUUACACAACUAAUGCCCGCCGCAAAAUAAUUUAUUUGGAUUGAGUGCUGAACGGACUACAGCCCUCUCACAGGACGUCCGUCACUCCAACUAAAUUAUUCUGUCCGGGUAAACUCGUCUCGGUGGCCAUUAAUGCUUCUCGGCCUUGUUAGCUUAAUUGACCUUAGCUCGCUAGUCGCUAACAAAGAGAAGCACACGGCAUAUAAGAAAUCAAGUGCGAAUUUGUCGGGAUCGUCGCCUCACCAUGUGUGCAAGGGUAACACCAAAGUACGAGAAGGAACUUUGUGGAAUAAAAGAAGAGAAUGAGCAACUGCUGGGCGAGCCACACAGAGCAGACAUCAGUCAAGCUGUUUGUCCUGAUCAGCAGCAGCCAGAGUGCCUCUACAUUAAAGAGGAAGAGGUGGACAAAGAGAUGCCCAACUUCAAUGGAGUAAAGGAGCAGAAGUAUCGUUACAUCAUAAAAGUAGAGGAGAAGCCAGAGCAUCCUUGUGUCAAAGAUGAGGAAGAAGACCCCCACAACUUCAAACAGGAGCAUGACGAGGAUGUUGACACAAGUGAAGGUAUUUGUCCUGAGCAGCAGGAGCCAAAGCGCAAUCACAUUAGUGAGGAAGAGGAGGAUGGAGAGGUCCCCCACUUUGAUGAGCAGCAGAAGUCUCCUUUCAUCAAAAAAGAGGAGGAUAUCUACAAGCUGCCAUCGACUGCGUUCCUUUUGAAGCAUGAAGAUGGAAGUCGAAGUGAGGCGAGCAAAAGUGCGGAGCCUUCAAGCAGGAGGACAUGUCGUCGCAUGAUAACAGAUUAUGAUGAAAGCCACUGUGAAGGAUCACAAGCAGUCGGCCUCUUGGCUCCAUCAUCAGAUAUUGAUGGCACGUCAUCUUACGGUAAUGAUGACGAAGAGUCAGGUGGUGAUAUUACAUGUCACUCUGAAAACAAACCCUGGAAAUGUUCGCAGUGUUGGAAAAUGUUUGCUCACAAGAGUAGUUUAAAAUUACACCAAAGAACCCACACUGGUGAGAAACCUUUUUCCUGCUCCGUGUGUGGCCAAAGAUUCUCGCAGAAUGGAACCUUAAAAAUACACACAAGAACCCACACUGGUGAGAAACCUUUUUCCUGCUCACUUUGUGGCCAAAUAUUCACACGGAAGGAAAGCUUACAAACACACACAAGAGUACACACUGGUGAGAAGCCCUUUUCCUGCUCAGUUUGUAGACAAAGGUUCUCGGAGAAGGGAAGCUUAAAAAGGCACACAAGAACACACACUGGUGAGAAACCUUAUUCCUGCUCAGUUUGUGGUCAAAGAUACUCUCAGAAGGCUCACUUGAACAUGCACACAAAAACCCACACGGGUGAGAAACCUUUUUCCUGCUCAGUUUGUGGCCAAAGAUUCUCUCAGAAGGGAAACUUAACAAUACACACAAGAACUCACACUGGUGAAGUUUUUUCCUGCUCAGUUUGUGGCCAAAUAUUCUCACGGAAGGAACGCUUAAAAAUACACACUAGAACCCACACUGGUGAUAAGCCCUUUUCCUGCUCAAUUUGUGGCCAAAUAUUCUCACGAAAGGAAAGCUUAAAAAUGCACGUAAGAACCCACACUGGUGAGAAACCUUUUUCCUGCUCAGUUUGUGGCCAAACAUUCUCACAGAAGGCAGGCUUAAAUAAUCACACAAGAACACACACUGGUAAGAAACCUUUUUCAUGCUCAGUUUGUUGUCAAAAAUUUUCUCAGAAGGGCCACUUAAUAUGUCACAUGAGAACCCACACUGGUGAAAAACCUUUUGCCUGUUCAGAUUGUGGCCAAAGAUUCUCUCAGAAGAGUCACCUGAAAUUACACACAAGAACCCACACUGGUGAGAAACCUCUUUCCUGCUCAGAUUGUGGCCAAAUAUUCACACGGAAGGAAAGCUUACAAAAACACACAAGAGUCCACACUGGUGAGAAGCCCUUUUCCUGCUCAGUUUGUAGGCAAAGGUUCUCAGAGAAGGAUAGCUUAAAAAAACAUACAAAAACCCACACCGGUGAGAAACCUUUUUCCUGCUCCGUUUGUGGCCAAAGAUUCUCUCAGAAGGGACACGUAAAAGCACAUGCAAGAACACACACAGGUGAGAAACCUUUUUCCUGCUCGGUUUGUGGCCAAACAUUCUCACAGAAGGCAGGCUUAAAUAAUCACACAAGAACACACACUGGUAAGAAACCUUUUUCAUGCUCAGUUUGUUGUCAAACAUUUUCUCAGAAGGGCCACUUAAUAUGUCACAUGAGAACCCACACUGGUGAAAAACCUUUUGCUUGUUCAUAUUGUGGCCAAAGAUUCUCUCAGAAGAGUCACCUGAAAUUACACACAAGAAUCCACACUGGUGAGAAACCUUUUUCCUGCUCAGAUUGUGGCCAAAGAUUCUCAGAAAAGGGAACUUUAAAUUCACACACAAGAACCCACACGGGUGAAAAACCCUUUGCCUGCUCAGUUUGUGGCCAAAGAUUCUCUCAGAAAGCACACUUAAGAAUACACACAACAAAGCACACUGGUGAGAAACUAUUUUCAUGCUCAGUUUGUUGUAAAAAAUUCUCUCAGAAUUGUCACUUGAGAAUUCAUAUGAGAACCCACACUGGUGAGAAAUCUUUGUUCUGUUCAGUUUGUGACCAAAGAUUCACAUGGCAGUGUCAGAUUAAGAAUCACAAGUGUGUUGGGGACAUGAGCAGUGAUCCGUGAAGUUGUCGCCUCUCGUCUGAGUGGACUAUCAGUUUAUGCAUCAAGGAUAAUUAUAUUCAAUGUACCUUCUUAUUGGGAU